GACUUUUACAAUUCAAUUUUAGUUCAUAUAGCUGUCAGUGACUCUAAAAGUAUUUGUCUGAUUUAUUAGAAUAACUUAUCAGCUGACUUUACUAAUUAGUAGAAUAUGUCUGUUGGUUUAAAGUUAUUAAAAAAAAGCUAUAUGUUCGAAGUGUUAUUUCAACUCAAGGUAGAAAAGUUAUUAGCAUUGAUGAAUUUUUAUCGCUUUGUACAGGUAAUUCACGGAAUACAGAGGAAUUUCAAAUGACACAUACUGAAGCAAAUGAGCACUUAAGAAUUCUUUUGAAAAUUGGUCAGGCAGUUAAAGUUGGGGAGGAUUUAUUACAUUUCGAGCCUGAGGAAAUUAUUAAUGCAGUGCACAUGAAAGCUGGUUUGCCACUACUUCCUCUAGAUAUACCCUUUAUAGCGAUGACAAAAAAAGAGUCUAAUAAUUUUGUUUCUAAAAGAGUACAUACAGUGUCGGAAAAGCUACAAGAUAUCUUUAUACACCAAAGUAACAUUUGGGCAUUCAUUGCUCUUCUCAGUGGCAUUCAAAUGUUAGUCCUAGCUUACUUAACGUUUGUAGUAUACGGAUGGGAUGUGAUGGAGCCGGUCUGUUAUUUUAUUCCUUCAGCAACAGCCUUGUGUAUUUAUGCGUAUUUUCUCUAUUUUAGAAAGCAAUGCACCUGUGGAAAUCUUGAUAGAAAUAUUAAAGACUUUCUUUUGGAUGCUCAUCUUAAAUGCCCAGAAUCUGGACUGAAAGAAUGGUUCCAUCAUGUCAAUAUUUCAAAUAAGCUGAACACAAUAUCAUUAUCAUCUACAUCAAAUUCUUGUAAAAUUAUAGCGAACUUUGUUGCUCAUAGAAAGUAACGCAGUAUAUCUAUAUUAAUUUGGUUCUGCUUGAUUAUCUUUGUUCCCUUCAAAAC